AUGGAUAAACUCAAUGCUGUUCUUGAUAAGAUAAAUGUCGUCUUUGAUAAGGUCAAGCGUUUGGAAGAAACCAUUCAGAAUGAACGCAGCAACCGGGAUUCUGCUUUACAGAGAGAAAGACAGAUGUGGGAAAGAGAAGUUCGCAUCUUGCGUGAGGCGCUCGCCCCUUUUUACCAGAGCGAGAAAGAAAUGCGUCGACGCAUCGUCGACAUCGAAGAUAGAGUCGAAGGCAAUUAUGAUGAGCACGUCCGCCUAAGAGACCGCGUCGUCGCCGUCGACGAUGCCACCAUGUCGGUGGAGAAGAGGGUCGAGGAACUCGAAGAUUUCCGCUUCAAGAGGCGGCGUCUGGGUCGCAAUAACACUCAAGACCAACCAUCGCAGAAUGGCUACGUCUCGUCCGAUCCUGAUAACUUCAGACGGGUGUCUUCCAGCGUCGACGGGGGUUCGGUUCGCACGCCUUCGUCGAGGGCAUUGUCGCCCAAUGGGACUGCACCUGCUCCCGCGCCGGAGCCGGAAGAACCUCGUUCAAGUGGGAUCCUCAACCUUGUCGCUGAAAUGCCCCGUCCUGGGCCUUUCGCCAACCUGCCGCAACGCCUGUCACCGCCACAAGAGGAGGCCAGAUCAAGCGGCUUCUUGACUUUAGACCUGGGAGAGCGACUGAAGGAGAGGCCUGCCUCGGAGCAAGUGGCAGCACAGGUCACCAUCCAUUCGGCUUCUCGAUUCACUCCGCCUCAGGAGCGACCAAGUCCAUCCAGCUCUGCAAAGUCCAACCCGGACGUCCCUGCCACAGCUACGCGAACUCCUCCGAAACUCCUCAACACCAAAUUGCCAGUCAUAGAUGUGAUGGUGCUCCCUGGCAACAUAUCCCCAAGAAAGAGAAAGCAUCAUGUCGACCACAUCGCGCUAGAUGUGCUUGCGGAUGUCACCGUCGCCAGUCCACUCAUUCACUGA